CCCACCCCUCCGGCCCAGACCGGAAAUGAGGUCAGAGAGGGAAACCCCGGCGGGGAGACUCGGCCCCGAAAGCGGAGGCCGUUGGAGGUGGCCGCGGCAGCCGAUGUGGCCCCAUGGAUGAGCUGGUACAUGACUUAGCCUCAGCCUUGGAGCAGACAUCUGAGCAGAAUAAGCUUGGUGAGCUGUGGGAGGAGAUGGCACUGAGCCCCCGGCAGCAGAGGCGGCAGCUCCGCAAGCGGAGGGGCCGGAAGCGCCGCUCGGACUUCACUCACCUGGCAGAGCAUGCCUGCUGCUACAGUGAGGCCUCCGAGUCAAGUCUGGAUGAGGCCAUUAAGGACUGUCGAGAAAUGGCGCCGGUCACCAAUUUUAGUGACUCUGAUGACACAGCAGUGGCCAAACGGCACCCAGCUCUCAACGCCAUUGUUAAGAGUAAGCAACAUUCUUGGCAUGAAUCUGACUCCUUUACUGAAAAUGCACCUUGUCGACCACUCAGGCGCCGGCGGAAGGUGAAGCGAGUGACGGCAGAAGUGGCUGCCAGCCUUCAGCAGAAGCUCAAGGUGUCAGAUUGGAGCUAUGAGAGAGGCUGCAGGUUCAAGUCUGCUAAGAAGCAGCGUCUGUCCCGCUGGAAGGAGAAUACUCCCUGGACCUCAUCAGGUCACGGGUUGUGUGAAUCAGCAGAAAAUAGGACUUUCCUAAGCAAAACGGGAAGGAAAGAAAGGAUGGAGUGUGAAGCAGAUGAACAAAAACAGGGCUCUGAUGAGAACAUGUCCGAAUGUGAAACCAGCAGUGUCUGUAGCAGCAGUGACACAGGGCUCUUUACCAACGAUGAAGGACGGCAAGGCGAUGAUGAACAGAGUGAUUGGUUCUAUGAAGGAGAGUGUGUCCCAGGGUUCACUGUCCCUAAUCUUCUGCCCAAGUGGGCUCCUGAUCAUUGCUCUGAAGUAGAAAGAAUGGAUUCCGGACUGGAUAAACUUUCAGAUCCCACGUUCCUUUUACCUUCUCGGCCAGCUCAAAGAGGGUACCAUGCUCGCUUGAAUCGUCUGCCUGGAGCUGCAGCUCGAUGCCUCAGAAAGGGGCGAAGAAGGCUUGUUGGGAAGGAGACCAGCAUAAGUGCUCUGAGUACUGAGAGGAUAGGCCACAUCAUCAGUGACCCUCGGCAGAAAGAAAAGAAUAAAGCGUUGGCUUCUGAUUUUCCUCACAUUUCUGCUUGUGCACAUGAGUUUAAUCCGCUCUCUCCCCUUUACUCCCUGGAUGUUCUCGCUGAUGCUUCUCACCGAAGAUGUUCACCAGCACACUGCUCUGCCAGACAGGCAAGCAUACACUUGGGACCCCCAUGUUCACGUGACAUCAAGAGGAAACGGAAACCUGUGGCCGCAGCAUCUCUGUCUAGCGCAAACGCAGUUCAUAUGGAUGCAGUGGAGCCAGCCACCCCAGCAUCGCAGGCCCAGAAAUCUCCAAACUCUGAGUGGCUGGUCAGGACCUCUGCUGCAGAGAAAGCCACCGACUCAGCUGCAGCUACGUUUUUUAAAAUGCCACAAGAAAAGAGCCCUGGAUACAGCUAGAGAGCAGCAUUUCCCCCCCAGGAGCCGACUGGGUGUGUUGAAACCAAUGUUAGACUUCAUAUUCUAUGGUCUCGCGUAUCUUAAUUGACGUUCUCAGUCCUUUCAGCACCAGGACCGACUCCUCCUCAGACAAAGCUGUGGACUUUCUCUUAGAAAAUCAUGUUCUGGAAAUCUGUUUGUUUUUUUUUUUUUAAAAUCGUAAAGUAUUGGGGCAGCAAUUUUUUUAAAAAAACAUCAUCCUGUGUUCUAUUUGUUACAUUGCUAUUGCUGUCCCAACAGCUACCCACAGCUCCGUUUAACAGAGCUGUUGCUUUUUUGCAGGUAUCUCUUUUUCCUUGAAAAACUAGUAACUGCUUUUGCCUAUUUUUUGUAGAGCUUUUAAUAUCAUUUGAGGAAAUCCCAAAUUUGUAGCCAGUUCCAGACAGAUUUAAACACUGAGUUAAGACCUGUGUGUGGAAUUGUUUGCAGGAAGUGGGGCCUGCCUUUGAGCCUGGUCUUGAUUCACUCAGAGUGCCAAUAAGAUAAAUCUGCCACGUUCUCAAUUUGGAGCCUCGGAAGAGACACCAGCAGCACCGGCCUUGGGAACUUCUUCCAUUUUUCUAGAUGGCCUCAUGGGAUCGCCAGCAGCUGCACUGUACUUUGCGUCAUCUCCAAAGUUCGUAUUCUACCAAAAGAGGACAUCUACAUCUGGGUAGAUGGGCGUAAUGGAGAAGACGGUGUAGGCGCACAGCAAACUUAACAUAGUGGACUGUGUCUGCAUACUUCCUGUCGCGGUGUGAGCCUUUAGGUACUCACUGGGACUUUUAUUGUUCAUAUUAUAGGUCAGUACCUACAGCAGAAAUUCAUACUCUAUUAGAAUAAUAGCUUCUUGGGGCCAUACUUUGGGGAGGGAAAAUGUCUUUUUGACAUGCCUUUAUACUUGGCAUGUCUGUGACGGCUCAGCUGCCUGUAGAGUUAUAGAUACAGCCAAGCCUGAAGUUGGAUGCUACUUUGUCAAAAUGGGGAAUAAGUGACUGCCUAGAGCUGCUGGAGGAAAGCCACGCUUUCUAAAAAUCAUCAAGAGUGUCCGCCAUUCAGGGGCCUGGUGGACAGAGGGCUUUUUUUGGUAUGUAUUGAGCGCUUUUGCUCUGAAGUACACAGAAGCUGUUCUCUGAGUGCCCACUGCUCGGUUGGUGUUCUAGAGGAACUCCCACUCCUGCGUCUGCUUAUCUUCCGUGUGUAAGUAGGUGCCGUGUAGGACAGAGCUGGCUUUGCCCAAAGCCUGGUUAUCCCUUUUUCUCGCACAGAAUGUCGUGGUGGGCUGCUCUGUUGUGUUCCCUUUAAAAGUUACCAUCCUCCUCAGUGAGCUGCAGAAUUUCCUGGUCAGUGGGGUGGGUGUGAAUCUAGUUGGGAAGGGGGACUUGCCACCAAGUUUACAGAGCUCUUUGUACAGGACUGAGAACAUGUCAGUUGUCCUGAACAAGGAAUAUGGUGGAGGGAGGACCAGAUGGGGGUUACGGGGUGAGGAGUGGUGCUGAAGCCAGCCUGCAUCCGUGGGAGCCACCCUGAUCUCAUGUCGCAGUGAGCGCACUUCCCUUCCCUGUGGGCUGCACCCAGCGUAUAGAGGAUAGGAUGUCUGUUGAAUAUAGAAUGGCACUACUGAGUUGUUUUAGUGAUGAAGGCAGGUUUUGUUGUCCUGUGUGCGUUCUUACCUAGUCCCCAUGGUGUCCUGAGGUACACGUUUCUAACAUAAUUUGUUGGAUUUAAGAGAGAAACCCAUGGACAUAAUUUUUUUGCAUAAAGCUCCGUGGCUCAUGCAGAGAUUGGUCCUGUGUUCGUGGCUUCUUAAGACCUCUGCAGUUCAGGUAGCAUCUUAUCUUCAAGACAUGUUGCCUAAUAAUUCUCCUUUCUACCUGUGAUGAAAAAUAGUUUAUGUAUUCAACUUUGCUUAUGUUUUAAACAUCUCUGUGAUGUAAAGGUAGGUGACUGCUGCCAUUUUACAGAGACAAGAACAGUCACAGAGUUUAGUGACUUGCCCAGAAUCACAUAAUCAAGCCCAGACUAAAAUCCCAGCCUUCCACUUUCUCUGCCCUGGGUUAUAAUCUUGUUUUUCUUUGAGAGACCCGAGUCACUCAGACCCAUAUUUUUGAAACGGUAUGCCAUGAAUAUUUAUCAUCUUUCUUGGGCAUGCUUUUCUACAUAUUUUGAAUACUUUCAACAGGGAUCAUCCCAAAACGCCCUAUCUUCCUGUAAUAAGUGGGGAAGAAAAUUAAGUACCUAAGAGAAUAGCUGUUAAGCACACAGUUACUUUCCACGCCGGGUUGUAAGUGGUGCGUCUUGUUUUAAGCUGCUGCAUGAGCUUGUGUACAGAAUUAUUAACCAACUUACUCUGCUGGAGGAAUAACCUUAGAAUUGAGUGUAUUUUGAAUCCUAAAUUUUAAAUUUCCUUUUUAUAUGGCAAAGUAUAUAAUGUCAUAAAUUAAAAAUCUGUUGCCUUUCAACAGAACACAUAAUUUCAAAAUCAGGUUCUAUAGUCUGUUGAGAAAACUCUAAUAGUAAGACUUCCUUUGAGGAUAAUCAUUGAGCUCACUGUUUGAUCUCUGCAAAAAUAAUAACUGAAGCUGAGUUCCACAGUUCUCACUUAUUUCAGGGUUCUGAUUUUUCCCAGCUGGCUGCACAGUCUUCCUGGCUGAAUCCUAAUCUUGUGUAUUUUCCACCGUGUACAGAAGUCAAGACAUUAUCUACUUGCAUACGGAUCAUUCAUGAAAGUUAGUUUUGCUUACAAGCUUAAGGGAAUUUGAGAUUAUUUUUCAGAUGCAGUAUUUUAAAGGGAACACUUCAUUUGCAUCAAAACUCUUGUGUUGCUUCUUGUUAAGAACUGUUCAGCAUGGGAAGUCAGUAGCUCUUUCCAUAGUGCCAAGUUUGGGAGACGGAGAGUAUGAUCUUUACUGAGUGAUAUGUGCUUGAUAAAUAGGACACAUUUAGUCUUGAAUUCUUUAGAAAUCAAAUGUAAUUGAAAAUUUCGUAAAACAUUGUUUCUCUGGGCUUUGAAACAGGCUGCAAACAAGGCCAUUUGGGCAACAAAGUGACCAGAAGCUGAAUUAGUUUCUUAAUCUCUGAUGUUUAUGGCAUCCUUUGCUAAGUCGAGCUCAGCGCCUAGGCCAGGUACUUAAACUAUUUGUGAAUCCCAAAUAGAUGAAUUUGAUCUGUCUUUGCAUUUUGGAAUCAGAAACACAAUCUAGACCACAGCAUGGCAAAUGCUGAGGCUGCAAAGUAAAGGAGCAGAGUUCUCCCAGAAGUCACUUUAGAGUUGAACAAAUUCUAGAGUGUCGUGAGGAAGGAGGGAGGCCACCGUCAUUGCUGAUGUGAUGGCUUCUCUGCUUUGGCUCCAGGCGAAGGCUCUGGUGAUGCGUGAUUCAUUUCAAGUCUUCGCUUUAUUUUGGGUUCAUUGCCAUGGUUCAGAGCCAUGCACUUUUUGUUUCCUGGGGAGAAGGCUAUGUAAAAGAGUCUCAGCAUUAGAUGCCGUAUUCAGUGUUCUGUAUGUCUGGCGAACUUUAUCUGAGUUGAGAUGAGAAGAGAGUGGCUUUUUCUAGCAGCUGUGGGUGCAGUCUAGUUUGGGGCAUGGCUUACACGAUGUGUCAUGGUUUGUGGGUUGGUGGGAAGGAUGGUGGAAACAAUCUGCUCCUUUUUGUUUUUUGGGUUUUUUUGGUGAGGAAGAUUGGCCCUGAGCUAACAUUUGUUGUCAAUCUCCCUGUUUUUGCUUGAGGAAGAUUGUCGCUGAGCUAACAUCUGUGCCAGUCUUCCUCUGUUUCGUAUGUGGGAUGCCAGCACAGCAUGGCUUGAUGAGUGGUGUGCAUCUCUGCACCCAGGAUCCAAACUGGCAAACCCCAGGCUGCCGAAGUGGAGCAUGAAAACUUAACCACUAGGCCACCGGGCUGGCCCUGGUAGAAACAGUCUGCUCCUGCCAUCAGCUGCUUCCUUUGUUAAUGCUUGAGCUGCCCAUUUUACCUGUCAGUACUGCCUUAUUUCCCACUCCUGUUGUGACAGUCAGUGGAGUCAUUGAUGAUGACAGCAGUCAGGAUGGGUUCCUACACAUGGGUACAGAGGGAAAAGGUGAGGAAAUCCGUGGGUUCUGCUGUUAGCUACUAGUAAACACGAGUGGCCCAAAGAUGCUUUCACCCACAAUAAGACCACAAAACUGAUGAACAUCAAGUGCCUGGAAACAGCAACAUGAAAAAGAAACAAGGCAAGUGAAUAAUGUUACUGAGGAGUACACAUUAUAAGGUUUUUAACAAGCCCAGCAAAACAAACUUAUGGCCAAAAGGAGAAAUUUUCCUGCCACGGCAAAUAGACAUAAUCAGCACUUGGUAAAACUGCCAAAUUUGGGGAAUAAAAAACCUUCCCACCCAGUAUUGAAGAAUGGGGCAGAUCCUGAAGAUGUUCUCCACGGAAAGCAGUCUUGGCAAGGUCGACAAGUGGGAAGAGAAGGGGAGAUGCUUAGAGCGGGGGUGCUAGGGUCCCCACCAACAGCAUCAGUACGCUCUUGUCCCGCCAGCAGCUCUGAGGGUGGGGCCUGGUCGCCUCUUACAAGCCCUCCAGGGGACUCUGGUGCACGCUGACGUUUGAGAACUGCAGGCUUUGCCACUGUUAAAAAGAAGUGUUUUAAUGUACUGUUAUCCCCCUGUGCUCUGAGGUGCUCUUAUAUUUCCCUCCGUAAGUGUACAGAUAUUUCGUAUAUGAUUCUUUGCAGAAACUGUUAAUGUCUUUAUCUCCCAUACUUUUUCCCUCAAGCUCUUGAAAGAUACCCUGGAAAUAUUGAGGAAGAAUGAUGUGGAGAAAAAUGUCAUUGCGGCCAUAUUUAGAUGGAAACAACCUUUUAAAAGUGGAUUAAAAUAUAACAAUGAAUUUUUAGUCUGUGAGUGAUAGUCAUUUUUCACAAUUGGCAGUAAAACAUUUGUGUGAGAUACUGCCAUCCGUGCUUUUAUGGUAUUUGUUCAUUGCAUCCUCUUUUCAUGGGAAAAUGUCAUGUAUCUUCCAGCAUCAUAAUGAUGAAGCCUUUAUAGUAUGGCUCACAAAAAUGAAAAAGAUAAUUGGAAGAAAAAACCACCCUGAAUACAUAGCUAUUAUGUAAUAAAUACCUGUUGAGUCAUUGCUAA